AUGGAGGUCGAUGCAGCCAUCGAAAUGUUUCAGCGUUCUGAAAAAUUACAUGACGUACCUACAGUACGGCAGUUACAUCGGCGAUGGCGACUCAAAAACGUUCAAAGGUAUCACGGAUGUGAUAAGCCGUACAAAAACAUAACGGUAACGAAAAAAGAAUGCGUAGACCAUGUGCAGAAACGCAUGGGCACCCACCUUCGUAAUUUGAAGAAACGCACGAAAGGCUUGGGCGGAAAAGGGAAACUGACAGGCAAGCUGAUUGACGAACUGUCAAUAUAUUUUCGAUUAGCCAUUCGUAGAAACUGCCAAUCUGUAGAAAAAAUGAAGAUCGCUAUAUGGGCCACACUGUUUCAUAAAUUAUCUACAGAUGACAAUCCUCAACAUGACGAUUGCCCGACUGGAGAAGAUUCCUGGUGCUCGUGGCAAAAGGCGAAAUCUUUAGGCACUUUGGACACGUAUACACACAAACCGCCAAUGUCGGAUGAAAUUUUCAACGCUAUUAAGCCAAUUUACGAACAACUUACUACGGAUGACCUUCUCACUCGUUGCAUCGGGGGUUACACCCAAAAUAGCAACGAAAAUUUCAAUUCAACGGUGUGGUCGAUGGCUCCAAAAACAAUGAAUUCCGGUAAGAAAAUCGUCGACAUUGCAACCAACAUCGCUUUGUGUAUCUUCAACGACGGACUGAUGUCAAUCUUAUAUAUUUUUGAGACCAUGAAGAUGAAAAUCGGAUUAAAUAGUUAUCAACUAUGCACGGAGGUGGAUGAGAAACGCGUACAAAAGGCGGAGCGAUCUCUGAGUGACGGCGCAAAACAGGCUCGGAUCGAUUUAAAAACUGGUCGAAAGGAGAAAGAAGAUGAAGAGAUGGAAUUGGAAGGCCAAUUGUAUGGUGCAGGCAUCGCAGAUUAAAGGUCAAGAAUUAAGGAGGGUUUCUUUCCUCCCAUGGACCCCCUUCC